GUUAGGACAAGGGGAAAUACACAGGCUUGCCUUGUUGAUGUUUUUGGUUGGCACUUUGGGUUCAGAGUCCUGCAGCUGACAUUGUUGUACGUAGUUUAUUCAGCAUUAGGUCUGUUCCUUGUUGGCAGCGUUGUUUGUGGUACCCACGGCAGGGAGGUGUGUGUGAUGCAGCAGCAAUCCCCCUGCGUGUGUCACAUGCACCACUGAGCAAGUGCCACAAGGUGCAGCCACCAUGGCCUUGCAUUUGGUGACGUGAUUGAAGGCAGCGGGGAGAGGUGAAGGCCUGGGAAAUUUCUCCAAGCUGCUGGAAUGGUUUGUUUUCCUGGAGUUCUCUAAUCUCCAGCAAGAGCCUCUUGGGUGUUCCGAUGUGGUUAGUGCUGCCUAGCAGAACCUGCCCUCGGCUAACCCAAGCUAUGGUUCAUUGCCUGUGGAUUCUGCCUGAUUAGCAGCCACAGAGAGGCUUUCCUGUGGCAGCAAAAAAAUUCCAGCAGCAUGGGAAGGAAGCUUGCCUAGGGUUUUUACUCAAUAGCAGUUGAAAUAAAUUGGAUUUGGGGUUUCUGUUUGGUGGAGUAAUUGUUUAGGGGUAGGAUUUGUCAUACAUGAGGAACCCUUGUUUUAGUGAUGGUAUUUGAUCAAGUGAUGGAUAACAAAGUGUUGAAGUCAAGCCCAUCCAAGCCAGUGUUAUAAACCAUAGAAGAAAUCAUCCAGCAAGCUGAGGGAUCCCUGGUGUCACAACCAAAACAGAGUCCUGGGAAUCUUAAGCCAUAAUCAAGGCCUCCUUUCUUCUGUUCCCUCUGAGGAAAAACCCAUGCAAAAGCUAAUUUAUGUUCCUCAAUGCUUACGAAAACUCAGGAUAAGCAAAGAGUUGAUGGGCUUCACUUUACCAUGGCCCCAUCUGAUUUCUGCUGUGGGGAUUCCUCCUCCAGUGGGGUGAGUUUUCAGAUAGAUUUUUGUUGGUGUGGUCUUCUAGAGUGGGGAGCAGAUUUCUGGUCAUGAAUGGCUCUACAGAAAUCUUUGUUUCUGUUAAAAUAAAAGUGAGAAAUGCCUAAUUCACCUGUAGGGCAGGUGCCAUUCACCAAGGUUUUCAUUACCUUCAGCCUCUGGCAUGCUCUGUAAGGAAGCCAGGGAGGAUCUGGCUCAGUGGCCUUGAGAUGAGUGAUGGCUCACACAGCUCAGGUCUGUGUUGGAGAGAAGCCACGUGCUUGAUGAACCGAGUGGGAGAAGUGGGGAUCUGCUCCUGAGCACAACUUCAAUGUGGCUCUUCCUGCUCCCAUCAAAGGCUGAGCUCUGAAUUCCUGUGCUGUGUGCCUUGAAUGUUCAUCCCGAGGCUUUGCAGCACUCUGGGAAUCUGUGAGCACUGUGCUGGUGAGGGCAGGAUGGAUGAACUGCAGCAGUGCUGGGAUGGAAGGGAAGGGAAUGGAAUGAGAGUGAGCCUGAGCUUCCCAGGGCCCAGUUCUGCCAGGGAGGGAGCUGCAGGUUCCUGGAGUACCCCGGGUGCUCUGCUCAGCACAUGACACGAGUCUUCCCCUAAAUAGCUCGUGGUGUCAGCCCUCCAUCCUGCAAGGCUCCUUUUAAAGCAGCACACUGCUGCUGCCGCCUGGAAAAGGGCUCCGUGCAGAGCUGCGGGAGAGGGAAGGAGGAGCUUUACAGGAACCCUGGAUGGGGCUGUGCCAUUGUGCUGCCUGUGUGCUCUGGCUCUGUUUAAAAUGGCAAAUUCCAUUUCAGAGUCAACAGAGAAGCCGGGGCAGCUCCUGCCCUCGCUGUGCCAGUGUGGGUGUGCCUUGGCACGGGCAGGGCUGCCUUCCCCCAGCCAGGCUGCAGGAAUUGCAGCUCUCCUGGCUCCUUCCAGAGCCAUCCCAGCUGCACAGCCUGCAGCUGGAACGUUCCAGAAGGUUUCAUCUGGGGUGGCUCAUGUGCAGGUGCAUAAAAGGGCCAGGUGGUCGUGCGUGGCUCUGUCUGCAAAUGGAAAAUUUGUCCUGUACUUUUGGAAUAAUGCCACGUGGGGGUUGGUUUGUGUGUUAAAGGUGCCAAGCACAGCCCGUGAGGGCCAUAGAAACAAAGUCUGAGAAAUGGGCUUGGUUUGGAAGUGACUGAAUAUGUCUGUGAACAUCAGCACUAAUUUGACAAAUGCUACCUCAGUAUUGCACAAACGUGGCACUUUUUUCCCCAUUGGGUUUGUUUUACAUGGAAAUAUUUUUCAUUUGAUCUUCAAAUACUCCUCAGUCAAACAUGCUGCAUUUGGAAAUAAAACCUUCUUCUUGCUAGUGGCUGUUCACCUGGCAACUGGCAGUCAGUGUGCUGUGUUACUGCCUCUUACAUCAUCACUGGGAACGUGGUUUUGUAAGCAAAUACAAUCCCAGGUGAAGUGCAGAGCAGACCUGUUCUUCAGUGCCUGCUGCUCAUUUGGAUCUCUCUGCAGAGCAAGGGCAGCAUCACUUACAGGACUGAGCUUCAGGUGCUGUGAGUGCUUAAGAUGCUGUGGGAGGAGAGAGCCCAGGCCUCGGACUGUGUGGCUUGGCCACCCAGAGAAGAGAGACCAGAGGUACCCUCGCAAUGUCAUCAACAACCAGAAAUACAACUUCUUCACCUUUCUCCCUGGGGUGUUGUUUAACCAGUUCAAAUACUUCUUCAACCUUUAUUUCUUGCUCUUGGCCUGCUCUCAGUUCGUGGUUGAGAUGAGGCUUGGUGCACUUUACACAUACUGGGUUCCUCUGGGGUUCGUGCUGGCUGUCACCGUGAUCCGCGAGGCUGCCGAGGAGAUCCGAUGCUACAUGCGGGACAAGGAAGUGAACUCGCAGAUCUACAGCAAGCUCACAGCCAGAGGGACUGUCAAGGUGAAGAGCUCUAACAUUCAAGUGGGUGACCUCAUCAUUGUGGAAAAGAACCAGAGGGUCCCUGCUGACAUGAUCUUCCUGAGGACGUCGGAGAAGAAUGGGUCCUGCUUCCUUCGCACAGACCAGCUGGACGGGGAGACAGACUGGAAGCUGCGCCUGCCCGUCACCUGCACCCAGCGCCUGCCCACGGCCUCUGACCUGCUGCAAAUCCGCUCCUAUGUCUAUGCAGAAGAGCCCAAUAUUGACAUCCACAACUUCGUGGGGACCUUCACCAGGGAGGACAGUGACCCUCCAGUGAAUGAAAGCUUAAGCAUAGAAAAUACCCUGUGGGCCAGCACAGUGAUUGCAUCAGGUACUGUGGUGGGAGUUGUGCUCUACACAGGAAGGGAACUGCGCAGUGUGAUGAAUACUUCCAACCCAAGAAGUAAGAUUGGUCUCUUUGAUCUGGAGGUGAACUGUCUCACCAAGAUCCUGUUUGGGGCUCUGGUGGUGGUGUCCCUGGUCAUGGUGGCCCUUCAGCACUUUGCAGGCCGUUGGUACCUGCAGAUCAUCAGAUUCCUGCUGCUGUUCUCCAACAUCAUUCCCAUCAGUUUACGUGUGAAUCUGGACAUGGGGAAGAUCGUGUACAGCUGGGUGAUCCGCAGAGAUUCCAAAAUCCCUGGCACUGUGGUUCGCUCCAGCACCAUCCCUGAGCAGCUGGGCAGGAUUUCCUAUUUGCUUACAGACAAAACAGGGACUCUCACCCAGAACGAGAUGGUUUUCAAGAGACUCCACCUGGGCACGGUGGCCUAUGGCCUGGACUCCAUGGAUGAGGUGCAGAGCCACAUCUUCAGCAUCUACACACAGCAGCCACAGGAGCCACCGGCCGUGAAGGGGCUGUCCUUGGCCACCAAGGUGAGGCGCACCAUGAGCAGCCGCGUGCACGAGGCCGUCAAGGCCAUCGCGCUGUGCCACAACGUCACCCCCGUCUACGAGUCCAACGGCGUCACCGACCAGGCCGAGGCCGAGCGCCACUACGAGGAUUCCUGCAGGGUGUACCAGGCCUCCAGCCCCGACGAGGUGGCCCUGGUGCAGUGGACAGAGAGCGUGGGUUUGACUCUGGUGGGCAGAGACCAGUCCUCAGUGCAGCUGAGGAGCCCAGGGGGGCACAUCCUCAACUUCAGCAUCCUGCAGAUCUUCCCCUUCACCUACGAGAGCAAGCGCAUGGGCAUCAUCGUGCGGGAUGAAUCCUCGGGGGAGAUCACGUUCUACAUGAAGGGGGCAGAUGUGGUGAUGGCUGGCAUCGUGCAGUACAACGACUGGCUGGAGGAGGAGUGUGGUAACAUGGCUCGGGAAGGCCUGAGGGUUCUUGUCGUGGCCAAGAAGUCUCUGACAGAAGAGCAGUAUCAAGACUUUGAAGCACGCUACGUCCAGGCCAAGCUGAGCGUGCACGACCGCUCCCUCAAAGUGGCCACGGUCAUCGAGAGCCUGGAGAUGGAGAUGGAGCUGCUGUGUCUCACUGGGGUGGAGGAUCAGCUGCAGACAGACGUCAGGCCCACGCUGGAGACACUGAGGAACGCUGGCAUUAAGGUGUGGAUGCUGACAGGGGAUAAGCUGGAGACAGCCACGUGUACAGCCAAGAACGCUCAUCUGGUGACACGGACACAGGACAUCCAUAUAUUCAGACUAGUGACAAACCGAGGAGAAGCCCACCUGGAGCUGAACGCCUUCCGCCGCAAGCACGACUGUGCCCUGGUCAUCUCGGGGGACUCCCUGGAGGUGUGCCUCAAGUACUACGAGUACGAGUUCAUGGAGCUGGCGUGCCAGUGCCCCGCUGUCGUGUGCUGCCGCUGUGCCCCCACGCAGAAAGCUCAGAUUGUGAGGCUGCUGCAGGAGAGGACAGGCAAACUCACCUGUGCCGUGGGUGAUGGAGGGAAUGAUGUUAGCAUGAUUCAGGAGGCUGACUGUGGUGUUGGAGUUGAAGGAAAGGAAGGGAAGCAGGCAUCGCUGGCAGCUGAUUUCUCCAUCACUCAGUUCAAGCACCUGGGUCGUUUGCUCAUGGUCCAUGGAAGGAACAGCUACAAGAGGUCUGCAGCCCUCAGCCAGUUUGUGAUCCACAGGAGCCUCUGCAUCAGCACCAUGCAGGCUGUUUUCUCAUCAGUGUUUUACUUUGCUUCAGUUCCUCUCUACCAAGGCUUCCUCAUCAUUGGGUACUCCACCAUUUACACCAUGUUUCCUGUGUUUUCUCUUGUCCUGGACAAGGAUGUGAAAUCUGAAGUGGCAAUGUUGUACCCAGAGCUCUACAAAGAUCUUCUUAAGGGACGACCAUUGUCAUACAAAACAUUUUUAAUCUGGGUCUUGAUAAGCAUUUAUCAAGGUAGCAUCAUCAUGUAUGGAGCUCUCCUCCUGUUUGAAUCGGAAUUUGUGCACAUUGUUGCCAUUUCCUUCACGUCCCUGAUUCUCACUGAGCUGCUGAUGGUGGCACUGACGAUCCAGACGUGGCACUGGCUCAUGAUCGUGGCUGAGCUGCUCAGCCUCUCCUGCUACAUCGCCUCCCUGGUCUUCUUGCACGAGUUUAUUGAUGUUUACUUCAUUGCCACCUUGUCGUUCCUGUGGAAGGUCACUGUCAUCACCCUGGUGAGCUGCCUGCCCCUCUACGUCCUCAAGUACCUGAGACGGAGGUUUUCUCCCCCCAGCUACUCGAAGCUCACGUCCUAGGGCUGCUCCUGGCACAAGACAGAGCUUGCCCAGGGCCCAGAGACAAAGCCCAGCUGUCCCAAAAUGAACACACCCCGUGGUAAUCUCUGUUACCUGCUGCUGUAGUGAGAGACUUCCAGACUGCCCUGGACAGGAACCUAACACCAGAAGGGAGUGUUUGGAGGGUGGAGGCUCUGAGUUCAUCCAGUUCUUGGCACUUUUGUUCUACUUAACUGGGGUCAAAUGCAUGGAACUGCGAUGGCAAUGGGUUUCUCUUGCAUGGUUCAAAGUCUGUGGAAGCUGCUACCUGACCUUGGGAUUUACAUUUGAUAAUUUACAGUGAACUUUUGAAGUGUC